AGUGCUCUCAUCGUAGAGAGUAAAAGGACGUAGUAAUCAAUCCAUAACCUGAAGAAAUCGUGAUUCGCCCUCGCUUGACUUUCCAAUUCCUCGCCGUCGUCUUAGUCAACCGAGUUGUAAAAGGAAAGAAACCAGCCGCCACCACCACCACCACCACCAUUUCCUAAAGCGUUAAAAAUGGCGGAGCAAGCUGUUAAGCUUCGGUGCCAACGAAUCGGCUGCAAUGCUACCUUCACCGAAGACGAUAAUCCCGAGGGUUCCUGCACUUUCCACGCUUCCGUAUUUAUCUUCUUCUUUUUUUACCCAUAGUCUGUGAUUGAGUUUUUAAUUUUAGUGGGUUACAUCGUAUUAAUCAAAUUACAUGUAUUGACCAAUUAAUUAACAAGCCCAAAUCAAAAUUAGGUAUCUAUUCAACCUAUUGUUAACUAAAUAUUUCGUUUUGGAAUGCAACAAUUUGAUUAUUCCCCCUCCCUUGGGUUAUAUUUUAAGAUUAGAUUUAAUUUGGUUAAAAUACUAAAGAAACCCUAAGCUGCUUCACUUUUCUUAGAUAGGCCCUUAUUAUGCUUUGAUUUGUACGCAAAUUAGCUUCUAUUCAAAUGAAAUGUUGAUUUAGAUUGAUGGUUUAUUUAGGUAUAUAUUAAAUGUUAAGCUUAUUUGGUGUAAAUGAAAAGUGAUCAUUUGGGUGUAAUGAAUAGGGUGACUUAUCGAGAUAAAGUGGUAAAGUUCUUAGUCCUUUUAUUACUUUCAACCUUUGUUUUAUUUCUCUUGCAUAGUUUACUCUUGCAUUAUGAUGGUCACCUUCACGUUUUUGAAUUUAAUGUAUUCAUAAAUACACUAUAGUUACCCCUAGAUUUGGUUAAAUUAAUGUCUCCUUUUUCCCCCCAUUUCCCCUCUUAUGGUUAAAAUCAUGAGGUUUUCUGUUUCCAGUUAUAAACAAAUUUGUAUUAUACCUCCCUUCCUUGCGGUUUAAGAAAUAUAUCGUGGGAAAUUUUGACAUGUUCUCGAUAGUGUGAUAAUUUUCAGCUGCUAUUUAUAAUUUUUUCCCCUUCUGGAAUCAGGGUGUUAAUCAUAGACAAUAAUUACUUUGCGGUGCCCGUCAUGGUUAAGUAUGGAUUUUGGCAUGUUAUUAAAUCUUGUGAAUCGUUCUGAUUUUUCUUGUUGUUGUUGUUGUCUUGCAUGUUGGCUUGGUUCCUGUGCAUGGGCGGAUUUAUGCAAACAGGGUCCUAUUUUUCAUGAUGGAAUGAAAGAGUGGAGUUGUUGCAAAAAAAGAAGCCACGACUUCUCUUUAUUCCUAGAAAUUCCUGGGUGUAAGACAGGUAAGCACACAACCGAGAAGCCAGUGUUGAAUAAGCCAGUAGCUACUAAGACGAUUCCAACUUCUAGUCCUGCUGUUACUCUUUCCACCAGUGCAACAUCAAAAGAAUCCUGCCCUAGGUGCUCUCAGGGUUUCUUUUGCUCUGAUCAUGGUUCACAGCCCAAAGUACCGAACCCUACCCCAGCUGUACUGGCUAAGAGCAGUGCGGAUGUUAAGGAGUCUUCUCCUCCACCAAAGAAGAUAGUUGACAUAAACCAGCCUCAGACUUGCAAAAAUAAAGGAUGUGGUAAAGUUUUCAAAGAAAUAGAGAACCAUGAGUCUGCAUGUAGUUACCAUCCCGGACCUGCUGUUUUCCACGAUCGAGUGAGAGGGUGGAAGUGCUGUGACAUUUAUGUGAAGGAAUUUGAUGAGUUCAUGACCAUUCCACCAUGCAAGAAGGGAUGGCACGAUGCCGAUCCAGUGCCCUAAGCCAUAAGCAUGAGGAGGAAUAAGUUCCUGUCUUCUUAAAGAGGUUUCCUUUAUCUUCUUUCUUUUUCCCCCUAUUUUUGAACGGACUCUAGGUUAUUCAAUUACUUACCGCAAGUGUAAUCUAGGAUAUGCAAUUAUGAAUGUGUUGGAAAUGUUCUUUUUUGCACUAUCUUGCAACCAAAACAUUUGAGACUGUUUAUGGUUGUUAUUUGUUUGAUAUGAACAUGCUAUGGAUUCAAAAUGUGAUAUCGGAGUGGUUGAUGUCUACAACCCCGAAAUUCAAAGAGUUUCCAAAAGGGUUCAGAAUUUUGUGCAUAUGUUUGAGAAACUUUGAAGGAGUUGAGUACGAUAUCUUUUUUUUGUUCUGUAA